AUGGCCGACUACGACGAAUACGACUACGAUGGCUACGUUGAGGAAGACGACACCAGUAUCACCCCCGAGGACUGCUGGACUGUAAUCUCUUCAUUCUUUGAGUCCAAGGGCCUGGUUUCCCAGCAAGUCGACUCUUUCGACGAGUUCACCUCUUCCACCGUUCAGGAACUCAUUGACGAGUACUCCCAAAUCACCCUAGACCAACCGAACCCCAUGUCCGACAGUGACAAGGUCAUCGCGCUCCGCCGAUAUGAAGUCAAGUUCGGCACCGUCAUGGUCUCCCGGCCCUCCAUUACCGAAGCUGAUGGAAAAGUCACAACGCUACUUCCCUACGAGUGUCGCGAUCGAAACCUCACCUAUGCGAGUCCCUUGUACGUUAAGAUCACCAAGAAGGUCUCAAUUGCGGUAGAGAAGCCUAUUCCGUUGAAUGAGCUCGACGAGGAGCAGCAGGACGAGCUUGCCAACACUGGCGAACACCCUACCAAGCUUGAGUGGGAAGAGGAAGAAAGCGGCGAGGAUUACGGUGCCGACAAGAAUAAGUCGGAUGACAUGAAGGAUAUGAUCUUCAUUGGAAGAAUGCCGAUCAUGGUUAAGUCCAAGAUUUGCCAUCUGAGCAGCGAACAGGAGGAUGACCUGUUCAUGCUGAACGAGUGUCCGUACGACCAGGGAGGCUACUUCAUCAUCAACGGCAGUGAGAAGGUGCUCAUCGCCCAGGAGCGCUCGGCCGCCAACAUUGUCCAGGUCUUCAAGAAGGCCCAGCCGAGUCCUUAUUCCUACACGGCCGAGAUUCGCAGUGCCCUCGAGAAAGGCUCCCGGUUGAUUUCCAGCAUGAUGCUAAAGCUUUACAGCAAGGGUGAUGCAGCAAAGGGCGGUUACGGUCAGACAAUCCACUGCAGUCUGCCCUAUGUUAAGGCUGACCUGCCGAUUGCCAUCGUUUUUCGAGCGUUGGGCGUGGUGUCCGACGAGGACAUCCUCAAUCAUAUUUGUUACGACCGAAAUGAUAGCCAGAUGCUCGAGAUGCUGCGACCAUGCAUCGAGGAGGCUUUCUGCAUUCAGGACAGGGAGGUUGCUCUCGACUUUAUCGGCAAGCGAGGCAGCAAUCACAACAUUCCGAGAGAGAAGCGCGUGAGAACUGCCAAGGACAUUCUUCAAAAAGAAACCCUGCCGCAUAUCUCACAGAGCGAAGGUAGCGAGACGCGGAAGGCAUUCUUCCUGGGUUAUAUGGUCCACAAGCUGCUCCAGUGCGCGCUGGGCCGACGCGAUACCGACGAUCGAGAUCACUUUGGCAAGAAGCGUCUCGACCUUGCCGGUCCCCUUCUCGCUAAACUCUUCCGCAACAUCGUUCGUCGUAUGAAUCAGGAGCUGUCUGGCCAUCUCAAGCGCUGUGUUGAGUCAAACCGGCAGUUCAGUCUGACCCUUGGUGUCAAGCCGCAGACCCUCUCCAACGGCCUGAAGUACUCCCUGGCCACCGGCAACUGGGGCGAUCAGAAGAAGGCCAUGAGUUCAACGGCCGGUGUAUCUCAGGUGUUGAAUCGGUACACUUUCGCGUCCACCUUGUCCCAUCUUAGACGUACGAACACCCCUAUCGGUCGUGAUGGCAAGCUGGCGAAGCCUCGGCAGCUACACAACACCCAUUGGGGCUUGGUGUGCCCGGCAGAAACCCCCGAGGGUCAAGCCUGUGGUCUCGUCAAGAACCUGUCGCUCAUGUGUUACGUCAGUGUGGGCACGCCCGCCGAACCUAUCAUUGACUACAUGAUUCAAAGAGGCAUGGAAGUGCUCGAAGAGUACGAGCCGCUAAGAUAUCCUAACGCCACCAAGGUGUUUCUCAAUGGUGUCUGGGUCGGCGUUCAUCAGGACCCGAGAAUCUUGGUACCCGACGUCCAGGGUACCCGUCGACGAAACGUUAUCUCUCAUGAGGUGUCUCUUGUUCGUGAUAUUCGAGACCGUGAGUUCAAGAUCUUCUCUGAUGCCGGCAGAGUCAUGAGGCCCGUCUUUGUCGUGGAGCAAGGCGCAAAUGGCAUAGUGCCCCAGGGCUCGCUUGUGCUGCAAAAGGCGACGGUCAACGAGAUGCGCGACCAGCAAGAGAACCCGCCGGACAACCCGGCCGACAAGAUUACAUGGGAAUCACUUGCUCACAGUGGAGUCAUCGAGUACCUCGACGCAGAAGAGGAGGAGACGGCCAUGAUUUGCAUGACGCCCGAGGACCUGGAGAUCUACAGGCUGCAAAAGCAAGGUCAAGUGGUCGAAGACAACACGGACGGCCCCAACAGUCGUUUAAAGACCAAGAUCAAUCCCACAACGCACAUGUAUACCCAUUGCGAAAUCCACCCCAGUAUGCUGCUUGGAAUCUGCGCCAGUAUCAUUCCCUUCCCCGAUCACAACCAGUCUCCUCGUAAUACUUACCAGUCUGCCAUGGGAAAGCAAGCCAUGGGCUUUUUCCUGACGAACUACUCACGCAGAAUGGACACCAUGGCCAACAUUCUCUACUACCCUCAAAAACCGCUUGCUACCACCCGAUCCAUGGAGUUCUUAAAAUUCAGAGAGCUGCCAGCCGGCCAGAAUGCCAUCGUCGCCAUUGCCUGUUACUCGGGCUACAACCAGGAAGAUUCCGUGAUUAUGAAUCAGAGCAGCAUCGACCGUGGCCUCUUCCGAAGUUUAUUUUUCCGAUCCUACACGGACUGCGAAAAGCGUGUGGGAAUCAACCUGGUUGAGCAGUUUGAGAAGCCUUUCAGAAGUGACACGUUGCGUCUGAAACACGGCACAUACGACAAGCUGGACGACGAUGGUAUCGUAGCCCCUGGCGUCCGUGUCUCGGGAGAAGACAUCAUUAUCGGAAAGACGUCACCCAUCAGCCCGGACAACGCGGAACUCGGUCAGCGGACGACCCAACACGUCAAGCGUGAUGCAUCUACUCCUCUCAGAAGUACCGAGAACGGUAUCGUGGACCAGGUCAUUGUCACGACCAACCAAGACGGGCUCCGUUACGUCAAGGUCCGGGUCAGGACGACAAAGAUUCCACAGAUCGGUGACAAGUUUGCGUCGCGUCACGGUCAAAAGGGCACCAUUGGUGUCACCUAUCGUCAGGAAGACAUGCCCUUCACCGCCGAAGGCAUCACACCAGAUAUCAUCAUCAACCCUCACGCCAUUCCGUCUCGUAUGACCAUUGCUCACUUGAUCGAGUGUUUGCUCAGCAAAGUCUCGACUUUGAAGGGCAUGGAGGGCGAUGCCACUCCUUUCACGGAUGUGACAGUCGACUCAGUCUCACAGCUCCUCCGGGAUCAGGGCUAUCAGUCGAGAGGCUUUGAGAUCAUGUAUAAUGGCCAUACUGGCCGCAAGCUGCGAGCCCAAGUCUUCUUUGGACCGACAUACUACCAACGCCUGCGUCAUAUGGUCGACGACAAGAUUCACGCUCGUGCUCGUGGCCCCGUGCAGAUCAUGACUAGACAGCCAGUCGAGGGUCGUGCCCGUGACGGUGGUCUGCGUUUUGGAGAGAUGGAGCGUGACUGCAUGAUUGCUCACGGCGCUGCAUCGUUCCUCAAGGAGAGACUAUUUGAGGUCUCGGAUGCAUUCCGAGUGCACGUUUGCGAGAUUUGCGGCUUGAUGACGCCCAUCGCAAACCUUUCGAAGCAGUCAUUUGAGUGCCGACCAUGCAAAAACAAGACGAAGAUAGCGCAGAUUCACAUUCCGUAUGCGGCGAAACUCCUCUUCCAGGAACUGCAGUCGAUGAACAUCGCAGCUCGCAUGUUCACCAACAGAUCCGGAGUGUCCAUCAGGUAA